AUUGAACUGGUGAGCUGAGAGCUGAGCUGGGCGGCGAAGACGUGAGAGAGGGAAGAGUAAGAGAGAGAGCUCUGUAACAUGUCUCUCCGUAGCGAAUUGCCCACCCCUGCUUUGUACCAUGUCCAGCUACCUUCUUAGUUCCAAAGUAGCUUCAUGCUUCACGCUCUACCUUACCUACCGCAGCAUGUACAUAUUUUUUUUAUGGCCUGAGGGAAGGAAGCCCAGGUCCAACCGAUGAUGGAAUGAGACCUCGAUCUGGCCCCUUCCCUUCGCGGCGCCAGAGGUACCACCACCAGCCAAGGUCAGGUAGCUUCCCACGCUUCCCUCCUCUCUUGUUUCGCCCUGGGACGAACGAGCAGGUACGAAGUAGUUACGCACUUGCCUUGCUCCGGUUACCUCCUUUUGCAUUGCAGAGGCUGAGGUCACAGGUGGCUCACACACACGCCGCCCAGUUCUCUCUCUCCCUCCCUUAGCACAUAAAAGCCUUUGCCCUCCCACUCAUCUGGCUCUGUUUACAUCACUUCAAUUGAUUCUCUUUUUUCAUCACAACAAGAUACCCCAGAAAUCAGCCAUCAUGUCUCUGCACUACCUUCCCCCCGUCAAGCCUUCGGCUAUUGCCCUCGGCACCAUCUUCAACCACACGGCUGAGCUCGCUGUCUUGACCCCCAUCUUCGGCCAGACCUACCAGCGCGCCAAGGCUGCCAACACCAAGGAGGAGUUCGCUCGCUCCAAGGAGGCCCAGGGUGCCGCCGUCGCCUGGGGUACUUCCCUCGUCGGCUCUGCCCUCCAGUCCUACGGUGUUGGUGCCCUCAUCAACGCUACCGGCACCCUGUCCUACAAGGGCGCUGCUUACCUCGGCUCUCUCAUCUUCUUCGCUACCUCUGCUCCCGGCUACAUCUCCCAGGUCUUUGUUGAGAAGCGCCCCGUCGACACCGUUGGCGUCAGCGUCCUGGCCAAGGUUAUUGAGACUGUCGGUCUGUCGGUCUUCCUCACCUGGUGGGGAACCCGCACCAACCCCUUCGACUAAAGGGUUUAAUGUAUUAUGAAUGAUUGAGCAUUCCUGGAAAACGGAUUGCUUGUGUGCUAUUAGCGUUGGGUUGGAUGGGAUGAGGACAUGGAGUUCAAAGAUAGCCAGCAAUUGCGGCUAGGGCCAUUGUCAUGUACCUACACUUUUACGUCUCAAGCCAUGAUUCCAUUAAUCAAAUCACCUGAAACU